ACGAAUCUCUGUUUGUCCUCUGCGACAAUCUAUCACUCUCCACCAGUAGAACGACGCUCGUUGUCGAGCGAAAAUCGCGUCUCCUCGAUAGAGCAUCCUGUUGUCUUCGGCCUGCAGACGUACACGAGAACCAACGAGGAACACAUGGCUCGAAACGACGAAGCUGUCGACCUUCCCGCACAAGGUUCUGCUCAAGAGUUGGCAUCAUCAUAUAUGAAUGAAACCGUAUCGAAACACUCACAGAUGCCUCCACCGUUGGUAACUCAGGCUGGAAACUACGAAGGAGGAGUCAUCAUCACUGCACCGCUUGGAACUGAUAGCUUGGUUAUGCAAGGCUACCAGUCAUCUCCUGAUCGAGCGACUAGCAUCUCGGAAAAUUCGACUUCUGUUACUGAGGCUUUUGUUGCUAAUCAUCCGAUUCAGAAACACUGUUUUGUUGAGCAUUUGAGUCGAACUCUGGGCUUGCCGACUGUGAUGUCGGAAAGUCCUUAUAUAUCUCACGAGGGAGAAGACGAGGUUGGCGUUUCUCAGUCUGUUGACAGUUCUCUUAGAUCAAAGUUGCCGGAUAAACUUCAACAACAGCAGUGUUCAGAACAGGGAGUCGAAUGUAUGGGACCUACAGGUGAACUGACCGAUCAGUCAAGACAGGAAUCGAUGCCUGAGUUGAUGACUGAGUCACAACUGGAGGAGUCAGGCGACGGCGAGACACUGACAUGUUUAGCAAUAGGAAGUCCAGUUGAUUUUUCAGCUGCAGCCGAAUAUGAUCAAUACCGACAGUGGAGGAAGAGAAAAAAAAAACCGAAAUGGUCGACGUUCACCGCUCAACAACUGGAAGAAAUGGAAAGUGUGUUCCAGAAGACUCACUAUCCUGACGUUUUUACACGCGAAGAGUUAGGGAAUAAAAUCGGACUCACUGAAGCCAGAGUGCAGGUCUGGUUUCAAAAUCGUCGUGCCAAGUGGCGAAAGCGAACAAAAGCACCCUUCCUCAAUGUCUGUUUGUCCAUCUCCCAAUGUGGCAAAUAUCGCCGUACCGGCACAUUCGUCACCGAUGAUUGCACUACGUCCCAUGCCGCAUCGGAUUGGUUCAAUGGGCGGAAACUUUCGUAUGGCACCGGCGGUAGCUCCAAUUCGGACCAACGACGGGACGUAUCAGCCUUGCCUGCCUCAGCCUGGAAGAGCACUGCAGCAUCCGUUUUUACGUCUGAACGGCCAGAUAAUGAUGCAAGCAGCUCUUCUCGUACGCCUGUUGCGGUAGCGGAAUAUGUAUCGGACGACACUAAUGAAGAAAGUACGACACCUGUGAGCUCGGAACUUGAGGAGGAUAGCAAUGAAUGGAUGUAUUCGGCAGAAGACGAAUUAUCUUCAGACCAUAUAACAUUAUACUCUUCAGGUGCAGACAAGUCCGGUGUCUUGGCAAAUUAUGUUUAUGACCGACCCCCUCCUUCUCAACCAUCUAAUGACGGACCUCAUCCUUCUCAACCAUCUUCAACUGAUGAUAGAAUUUGUCUGAGUUGUGGUGUUAUGCAUUAAGUGAGUGAAUGGAAAUUAGUCAAUAAAAAAGAAAAAUCAUAGCAAUUGGCAUUUGACUGUUCUUUCAGUUAUUGCACACUUUUGUUUACUCCAACCAGUUUCACUAAAUCGUUGGCCAAUAUGCAUUUUUGUUCACAAA